GCACAGCAGGACCCCUGUCUGAGGGCUCAGCCGCGCCUAACCCCAGCUCGAGAGUUUUACAACAAAAGACAACAACUUGGAGAGUGUUUUUCGGCGCAGUUGCACGGGAAUUCAACCCGGGACGGGAGGAGAACAAAGGGGAGGGACGGUCUGAGUGCGCUGAUGGACUCGGAGAUGAGAUAGCGUUCAUACCCCUACCCCAGCUCCCCAUCCUUCUUCUUCUUCUUCUUCUCCGGGGUCUGUCGGUCGGACGGUUCCUUGUCUCAGCGGAUGAUGUGACUAUUUUAUGAGAACCUGAGCUCGGAUUCUCACGAAGUGAUCACACUUUUUAAUUAACAGCGCACGGUGCUAUCCGACUACGAGGCGCAUCCUCUGUUUUUGAAACCCGGGUUUCGGUGAGGGGGGCUCGGCUCAGCGGGACCGUAGCGAAGCGCUCAACUGGCUGUUGGUGAGCAGUGGUGCAGUCAUGUGGGAAAGGAUUCAGAUUUGCUGCGCACUGUUUGCACUGUAUUCAGCGGCACCGCCUGCACACAUCAACCGCCUGGCGCUGUUCCCUGACAAGAGCGCCUGGUGCGAAGCCAAGAACAUCACACAGAUAGUCGGGCACACGGGAUGUCAGCCUCGCUCUAUUCAAAACAGAGCUUGUCUGGGUCAGUGUUUCAGUUACAGCGUCCCCAACACGUUCCCACAGUCAACCGAGUCUCUGGUGCACUGUGACUCCUGCAUGCCUGCCCAGACACAGUGGGAAGUGGUGACGCUGGAUUGCCCAGGCAGUGAAGACUCUCCUCGGGUUGAUAAGCUGGUGGAGAGGAUCUUCCGCUGCAGCUGCCAGUCAUGCAGUAAGGAAGGUGCCCAGGAGGGGGCAGUGAUGCAGCUGUAUCCAGCAGACAACAGCCUGGAUCCUGUUCCGUCUUUAUCAGACAGCGGAGCUCAGUCUGAUCCCCUGCCACACUCAGAUACACACUCUUAUAAGCUGCAGCUACACACAGAUCAUCACUCAUUACCGCAUACAUCAGACGGGGGGUAGGUCUGUUACCUUGUCGACCAUUCCCGGUGACUUUGCCGCCCUCUCCACUCUCCCCGACACUGCAUCCGCCUGUACCAAUCUGUAGUAUUUUAAAGGCACUUUGAAGAUAUGACUUCACUUUGUGUUAAAGCAUUUCUCUAAAGGCACACACACACACACACGCAGAAUGUUGUGUAUGAACUCGUCCAAACACACCAGCCUAUGCACUCUUUUGUUUGUUGAUUAGCACAUUCAUGUGUGUGAUUUUGCAUCCAGACAUGACUAUAGUCUCUUAAUAAGCUGUAGUCUUUUAAUCUGCUUUGAAUGCAAUAAAGUCAGUUGUGACAGCUA